GUUAAGAGAGGAGGGAGAAGAGAGAUAUCAAGAGAAAGAACGAAGAAAUUCUGCUGAAGAGUAGCACCUAAACUAAAACAAGACACUUUGAGCUAAUGGCAGUCAAAUCUGCAUUGACAUAACAGGUCAGAUGGGGUACUUCAGCAUAUUUAUCAGAAUGACAGAUAUAAUAACCACACCAGAACACACAAGAGAUGACCUAACCAUGGGAGGAGCUUCUGAAGAUGAAGGCAUUUCCUGUCAGAUCUUCCCAGACAUACAUGAACACUACCCAAAGUUGUCCAAGCACCUACCCUCCAUUGUGGUGGAGCCAUCAGAGGGAGAUGUGGAGAGUGGAGAACUGCGUUGGCCCCCAGAUGACCUGAGAACAACAGAUACCACCAGCUGCACACAUGCAAACAUAUGUUCAGGAGACAUCACAAAGGAUGCUAAACCUACCCAUGUGACAUGUGAAUGCAAGAAUAAAGACAAGAUCCAGGAACAGGAUGACUGAUGCAACAUGGAGAGAUGUAUGGCAAAAUGAACACAUUUGAAAAUGGAGUCUCUCAUCUGUCAUUAUCACAGGCUGUUUUCACAUCUGUCUGUCUCUCACACAAACACACACAUGAAUAUACAUCAGUGAAAGCAGUAGUGUUCUUAUGUGUCAGAUAUUUUACCUUACUUUUUAACUUUAUUGCCAUGCUAUUGAAAUUAAUGGCAUAUUUUAUUAGAAGAACAUUACUAUAUAUACAUAAACUAAAAUAUCAAAAAUGUUAUUGACCAUUCAGAAAAUUAUAUGUAUAUGUAAAGUCUCAUAUCCACAUUCAUUUAAAGAAAGUUUAAUAUUUAAUGUUAAAACCCAGACAAAAAAAAACAGGCUAUAAGCUGAUAAUUGCACUUUGAAGAACUCGAGAAAGAUCAAGUGAAUAUGCAGCCUGUAAUUAAAAGAGCACUUGGGCUCUGCACCACAGCGGCCUCUGUGAGCACUAUGUCUGUGUGAACAUUAUUCAUCACACAAGCACAAGUGAAUGAGGAGACACCAUCCUCUCUCUGCACCAUCUGGCAAGUGUAUGUGUGUACUGGCUGCCAUAGAACUUCAGUUAAGUCCACCUGUCAAUUGUUGGUCAAUUCCGAUUCUAUUUCUUUAUCAAAAUAUCAAACUUUGUGUUAUAGUAUGACAUCUGCAGUUCAGGUGCAUUGUAAUGGCAUACACUCCUACAUUCAUAUAUUCACAAAAACUAUUUUACAUGAUGAAUCAUAUUUUAUUUGUUUUGACAUGGUAAUACAUUUAAAAUACAUAGUACAUACAGUGUAAAAAUCCUUUUUUUUAACUUAAAAAAAUAAGUGUAGGGGCUGCUUCAAAAUUUGGAGUCAAUUGAUCUUCGUUAUAUUAAAUUAAGAGAAUAAUAAUUUGUGUUAUACUUAUUGUUUCAUAUAUCUUAUUCACUUUUUAAACAAUUUUACAAAAUGUGUAAAAUAGUUAUAUAAGCAAAUAAUCUGCAUUGAAAACUAUAUUUUCUAAACUUUAAAAUCAUCUCAUGUUAUAGCCCAGGCCUAAGUGUCUUUGAAUUAUGUUAACACGUGAUGAUCUAUGCAUAUUAGAAAUAUGGGUAGCCUAGGCACAGUUUUGUCAUAUUUUAAUUGCAAGAAUGCAACCAUUUAUAAAGAAUAAAAACUGUGAAUUAAACAUUAA